GCGGAGCACCGCAGGCCCAGAUCCGUAUGUCCGACCAGAGCAGCAGUGAAGAUGGGGAGUCCGACUCCCAGCACAGCCUGUACAUGGUCUUCCUCCUUGUUUUGGUCUUCUUCAUCAUGGGGCUGGUAGGGUUCCUCAUCUGCCAUGUCCUGAAGAAGAAGGGCUACCGGUGCAGGACGUUCCGGGAUGAGCUCGACCCAGAUAAUAAGGACGUGCUGGCAGAACUCCAGGCCAAUGAAGAGGAGGAGCUGAAUGAGGACACCGUGGAGAAGAUCGUGAGAUGCAUCAUCCAGAAUGAAGCAAAUGCAGAAGCCCUCAAGGAGAUGCUGGGGGACAAUGACGGGGACAUAGCAGUGCCAAUGCCCAGCCUUUGUCCCCACCGUAACAGCCAGGAUGGAGGCCCCCCUCACCACCAUACAGUGCACCUGGGCUCCACGCAAGCCCCCUGCAUCCACUGCAGCAAAAGGAGGAGGCACCCACUGCACCGCCAGGGCCGGUCCAAGGAUGGCAAAGGCCGGAUGCACCCCGGAGAGACCACUGUCUUCUCAGUGGGCAGGUUCCGUGUCACGCACAUCGGGAAGAAGCCGGCUUUCCAUGAGCAGCAGGACGGCGCCCAGCCUGACGGCAGCAAGGAGCCAAGCACGGAGGAGCUGGAGCACAGCAGUGAGCGGUUCCAACGAGAGCAGGCUCACAAUGGGACUGUCCCCACGGGUAGCCUGGAGAAUGGGGCUGUGCAGGAGGGGACACAGGGUGGCAAGGGCACGGAGCAGAGCCGCACCGGCACCCCAGUGCCUGGCACUGCAGUGGGCAGCUCUCCUGGGAGCACCAGUCGGCAGCGGAGGCUGCUGAGCCGCCGGGUUCUGGGAGGGUCGAGUCCCAGCAUCCCAGGUCAGCUGGGGCAGGAGGAGGCCGGACUGGGGUCAGCAGAUGAGGUGUCGGAUAUUCACGGGAGCCUGAGCCUACACGAAGUGCCGGAUGAGGUGGGGAGAGAAGACAGCAGCAGGAGGCAGCCCGGAGCAGAGAACAUGGGGCAGCAGGUGGGUUCCUUCUCCUUCUUCUUGUCCCUGUGUGGUCUCCUGGGUUGGAGGGGCUGAGGGACCGUGGCAUGGCGUCCAACUGAGGUCCCAGGGUGCGUGGGUGCUGCCAAACAUGCAAUGGCAGAAUGUUUGGGGUUGGAAGGGACAUUUAAAGGUCACUGGGUUCACCCUCUGCCUGGGCAGAGAUAUCAGAUCAGAUUGCUCAAAACCCUGUCUAACCCAACUUAGAGCACUUCCCAUGAUGGGGCAUCCACAACUUCCCCAGGCAGCCUCUUCCAGCAUCUCACCACCCUAACAGUGACAAAUUUCUUUCCAUCUAGUCUAAACCUUUUCAGUUUGAAACUCUUAUUCCUUAUCCUGUCACUGCUGGCUCUGGUACAAAGCCUUUCUCCACUUUUUUUUUAUGAGCCCCUUUCUUUGUAGAAACACCACAGCAAGGUCUCCCUUGAGCUUCCUCUUCUCCAGCCCAAGCUUUUGGGGUGACUCCUACUGUAGAGACUGUAGAGGAGCUGGAUGUGGCAUGAGACCUCCUCAGUCCUGCUCACCCUGUUCCCACCCCAUUCCCUGACUGCAUAUUUCCAUCCCUUUGUUAAUAUAUGUGCCAGCAGGGCAGAGGGAUGGUCUUGUUCCACCCUCUGAGCCCUUCUCAGCAAUACCAACUGCUGGCCAGGGCAUGGUCCAAACGGAUGUGGCUUCUCCUUGGGACACACAAAAUCAUCAUGACACUGUUCCUACCCUGCUGGUUCCCACUCCCAAGGGAAGGCAGGGUGUUGUUGGUUUGCGGCAAAGACCCUGCUGCUUCCAGUCCGUUGUGCAAGGGAUGUGUUGGUCUCCUUCGUGAUUUGGUUCUUUGGGCACUUGCAUUGGGAUCAUCGUUCUUUGUCUCCCUGAUGAGGCCUUCUUUGCCUCUGCCCAUGGCUUAGCAUCCCCCAAACUGGUGGUCUUGGUGCACAGACCUCAUCAAUGCAACACACAGGUAGGGAAAGAUGCCCUGAAGUCCAGGAGGAAAUGAAUCCAACUAUUUGCAUCCUGGAUGUUUUCCCACUCUGGAGGACUGGUGCUCAGGGAGGGGAAGAGCACCUUGGUGUUUCCCAAUCAUCCCAACUUUAAUGAGCUCCAGGACAGCACUGGUGAAGAUGUGGGUGCCCCAGGCAACAAGAGGCAUUUGUUCCCUGCUGCUGCCUCAGGGUUCUUAGGAGCCAGAGAAUGAGGAAAUCAGAUGGUCUGGAGAAAGGCCGUAGUGUGCUUCAGUGCUGGGGUUAUCCCAGGGCUGGCAGCCUGCCUGGAGGAAGGAGGAUGGACAUGAAUGUGGACAGCCCAACAACAAAGCUGAUGGGCUGCAGCCCCUCUCCAGACUCCUAUAGGGACAUCACCAGGUUCUCCUUCCUCAGAUGGCCCACCAUGGUGGCAAUGACCACAGUCCCUCUGGUCUGUGUGGUCUUGUGCAGGGCAAACACGGGGAUGUGGUGAUUUCCUUCUGCUCAUCAGCUCCUCUGCAAUGCCAGACUUCUCCCUUUAGUUCUUUGAGGAGAGCUGGGAAAGGGGGACAAGAAGGGGGUUGCAUUCCCCAGCCCUACAGCUGUGGGAUGGCAUAAACCAUAGGGCAGGAGGAGCAUGCAUAGCCCUGGGCACAGCUACACAACCAGCCCUUGGGCUGUUCCACCAGGGAGAAUGGUGAUGGGACAUCCCUGAGAUGUUUGCCCCCCAAGCCCUGGAACCAGUCAGCAGCUACCCCAUCUCCUGGGUCCCUGCCAGGACCACCAUGAGGGUUGUGAGCUGCUGCCUGGCACGGCAUGGGGUACUGGGCUGUAAGUCAGUGGUGCUGACUCCACCCAGAAGGGUCACUGCUGUGGCCACGGGCUGCAUGAUGCCUGCAUCUCUCCUCCCUCCAUAGGAGCCCAGCGCUGUGGUGCACGACCGAGGAGCCACUGUGUGAUGUGAGUGCUCGUCUCCAGUCUUGGGGCCACAUCCAGGGGUGGGCAGGGGGGAAGCCACGGGCAGUGGGUCACAGCCCACCCUACCAGCUUUUGUCUGCGGACAACCCCUAUAGUUCUUCUGGGGGGUACCCAGGAUCAGGAGAUGCAGGUGGAAUGGGGCUGCUCCAGACGCACCAUAGCCAAGCACCAUUCCUGCUCUCUACCCACAGCUCCUCUCCACUCUUGGCCCUGGUGGCUGACAGCAGGCACAGGGCCCCCUUGGCCCCACACAGGGCUGGAGGCUCAGCUGUGGGGGGCAGCUGGCCCCAGCCCCAGCCCGGGCGAGCAACUUGGCAUGGCCAGAGCGACGCACGGACAUUACAGACCUCAUCCCAUCAGCAAUAGUUACCAAACUCCCCCCACGGCACUCACCACCCCGCUGCUGCCCAUGCCUCGCACCCCAAGGAAGGAUGCUGCAGGGGUGGGCAGGGGCACCGCCUUGAGCCCCCCAACCCUGAAUUCACUGCAGAUCACAGCCCCGGCGGUGCCACCGAGCACCAGCACAAUGCCCGUGGUGCCAAUGGGGAGGGACCACGCAGCCCCCGGGGGUGCUGAUGGAGACGAAGCCUCCUGCCCUGCCCCGCUGCAGGGUGAGCUUUGGUGUUGAACUGCACUGUAAAUAGAUGAGCUAAAACCAUUAAAGCUGCUGAACACGG